CAUCGAUAUACGGAUAACACAUUUACUGGACAGUUCAUAUCUACUGUUGGCAUUGAUUUCAAGGAGAAAAAAGUUGUAUAUAAAAGUGGCCGUGGAGGUUUUGGUGGUAGAGGCCAACGUAUUUUAUUACAGCUUUGGGACACAGCUGGACAAGAAAGGUUUCGCAGCCUCACAACAGCAUUUUUUCGAGAUGCUAUGGGUUUUAUCCUAAUAUUUGACAUUACCAAUGAGCAGUCAUUUUUAAACAUCAGGGACUGGUUAUCACAACUUAAAAUACAUGCUUACUGUGAAACACCUGAUAUCAUAAUAUGUGGAAAUAAAUCUGAUCUAGAAAAUCGUCGACAAGUUAGUACAGCACGAGCCAAGCAGUUGGCUGAUCAGCUUGGACUGCCGUACUUUGAAACAAGUGCUUGUACAGCAACAAAUGUUGAAAAAUCAGUAGACUGCUUGUUGGAUUUAGUGAUGCAACGAAUACAACAAUCUGUUGAGUAUACUCGAAUGCCACUUGGUGAUAGUAAAGGUAUAGUACUUGACACGGAUUCAUCAUCUUCCUACUGUUCUUCUUGCUAA